CAACAAGCCCGCACAAAAGCCCGCACAGGCCACAAGCACAAGCACAAGAGGAAAGAAGCCAAGUUGUUGUUUGUGUCGCUGCCUCACUCAUCACCCAACAAGCCGUGCUGUCUGCCCACGCCCACCCACACGCACAGACACACAACCACAUCGCAUUAGGGCGAGCUGACCAGGCACAGUGUAACAGCAAGCAGACUGGAAGCAAGCGAGGAAAAGAAAACAACGCCAGUUGCUUGUUCCGGAGUUGCGAUCUUUGUUGUCGCGAGGUUUUCGCUUUCGCACGCCGCUGCAAAGGCAUCGUCGACAAGGACAAUAGGACCAUGGCGUGCCUGCAGGCAUUUCAGAUUGCCGUGUGCGUAUUGAUUGUCGCCCUUGGCACUCCACAAGUUCACAGGGUGACUGCAGAGACCACAGUGACGGGUGUCCUGACGCUGGUGCGAUUCCACGCCACGUUCGAUGACACCGCCACCUACCCCUCGGACUUCAAGGCAACCGACGAUAAGCGCAUGAACCCGACAGUCGCACUGCUCGUCGGCGAACAGUCCGGUGACCGCCACAGACUCAACCCAAGCGUCGACGAACUUUCCCCAUGGCAGGUCGAAGAGCCCUGGAUAAACCCCAUUCACUGGCCGCUCGCAUGGGGAUAUGGAGGAGGCGACCCAGUCGUAACACUCGACGCCGAUCAAGAGGUCACCAUCCAGUUUGGCACGUGGCGGUUCCCCUCAAGUGCGAGUUCCCUCAUCCCUUACGUCGAGAACACGUUCUCCCCACUCAACUGCACCUUCAACCAGGCCAACACCACCUUCAGCUGCACCGCACAAGGCAAGCCCAACGAACCAACCGACGCACAGUUCCCGGCCGUCUUCACCUACACCUACACCUACACCUGCGACGCCACCACUAGCUGCGGUGACUACGCCACCUGCAACACGACAUCGGGCCAGUGCGUGUGCGACGAGGGCGCUGCAUCGCCCGCAGGCCACAUGUUUGACUGCCAGCCGCUGUGCCCUGAGGGCGCGUGCGUGGGCGAGAACGCAUACUGCGACCCAAGCCAGUCCGUCAUCGGUGACCCCGCAUGCAAAUGCAACACUACCGUGAACCCAAGGCUGAUAUACGAAAGCGGUGUCGGAUGUGUACAUCAUUGCUCGCUGGGUGGUGAUUACUGUGCUGAUCCUGACACAGAGUGCAUUGGCAGUGCAUGCAAAUGCAAGGAGAACCUGUAUCUCGACAUGGGCACGUGUGUGGCGAAGAAGAGCUGUCCUGCAGGAGAGUUUGCGACGGACCUUGGAGACGCGACCAACGACCGCGAGUGCGACGCAUGUCCUACUGGGUUCUACUGCCCCGGCAGCGGCGACGACCCUGGCCCAGCCUUUGCGUUUGUGUGCGAGGGACCGCAGUACUUUGGUGCGCGGGAGGGCCAGAGCGAGUGCAACACCACGCAGCCAGGCUACUUCAGCACCAGCUCAUCCGAGUUUGUGCAGAUUGAUGUGUACAACGCGAGCGCCACGCCGACGCCGUACGCAGGCACAACCGCGUUCUCGACCAUCGACCUGUACCUAAAGGAGCAGGAGUGCCCGGCUGGCAUUGUGUGCCAGAACGGCGAGCGGACGCCAUGUGUUCCCGGCACGACGUUCCAGGAUGAGCCUGGGCAGACCGCGUGCGAGCCGUGCUCCACGUGCGACCUUGGGUUUGAGGUGGACAACGCGUGCGAAGUGACUCGCGACACCGAGUGCAAGGACAUCGACGAGUGUGCGCGGGGCACCGACAACUGCGACAUCAACGCCACCUGCAACAACACCGUGGGCUCCUUCGAGUGCACUUGCAACGAAGGGUUUGAGGGCAACGGCACGGUGUGCGUGAACAUCAACGAGUGUGAGCGCGGGACAUUUGUGUGCCACCCCAACGCAACCUGCAUCGACACCAUUGGCAGCUACACGUGCGAGUGCAAGCCCGGGUUUGUUGGGGACGGUGUUGAGACGUGCGACGACGAGCCGCCGUCUGUGCAGCUGCUGGGUGCGGCGAGCAGCAGCAUUGUGUUUGAGGAUGGGGUGGUGUAUGUUGAUGCGGGCGCGGCUGUGAACGACAGCAAUGUGCCUGUGCCGUACUAUGUGUCUGGGUGGGGUGCGCUGAGGGAAGCGCUGGGGCAGGGGAUGUGUGUGACUGGGUCUCCUGUGCUGGAGUACUUUGUGCGGGACGGGGAGGACACGCGGAAGACGCGCAGCGUGGGUGUUGUGUAUGAGGCGCCUACUGUGUCGCUUGUGCGCGGGGAGCGUGUGACGGCGCUGCAGCUGGUGCAGGGCGCGACAAGCGAGUGCUACGAAGCGACAGACCCGUCGCGCGUGCGUGUUGUUGAUGCGUUUGGGGAUGAGGUGAGUGUGACGACGUCGUUUACGGCGCAGCCGCAGCCGUUCCUGUGCGACUCGCUCAGCUUCACCACGUCGUUCCGGCAGCGUGUUGACUAUGUGGGGAGGGCGUGUGGCGUGAAUGGCAAGGUUGGGCUUGAGUUUGCGUGGUUUGACACGUGGGCGCCGAAGGUGUGGGUUGGGGCAGGGCCGAGCGAGGUAGUUGUUGAGGCGAGUCCUGCUGGGACGUUUUCUGGCGCUGGGGCGCUGUGCUCUGCGAGCGCGCAUGACUUUGGCACUCCCAACGUCACGGUUGAGAGCACGUGGGGAGCGAGCGGAGCAGUGGACCUGAGCGUGAUUGGGGAGCACCAGCGAUGGUCGUGGGCACGGGACGACGAGGGCCUUGUGUCGCGCAACGUGUCAUGCCGCGUGCGUGUGCUGGACACGAUGGCGCCUGUGCUGCGUGUGCCGAACAUCACGGCUGGCGGGGAGCGGGUGUUGGUUGUUGAGCAGUCAGCGACGACGCUUGCGUUUGCGGAUGCGGAGGUUGAGGAUGCGCACGAUGGCACGCGGGUGGUUGGAGCAACGCCGAGCAGCGUGUCGCUGGGCGCGGUGGGCACGCACGUGGUGCGGUAUGAGGCGACGGACGACAGCGGGAAUGGGGUUGGCGGCGGGGAGGCGCAUGCUGUGCGGGUGGUUGUGCGUGAGCCGGAGAGCAAGGUGGCGGGUCGACGCGAGCCUGAUGUUGUUGUUGGGGAUGAUGACGGCAACGGGGACAGCGUGAGUGUGGAGGAGACGUUCACAGCAAGCCUCAGUAACAGCAACAGCAACAGCGGCAGCAAUGCUGGACGCCGGGCUGAGGGAGAUGCGUGGGUUGUUGAUGAGGGGCGAGCGUCGUUUGUGCCUGGGACGCAUGUUGAGGUGGAGGUUGGGGUUGGGCGGGGUGCUGGAGAGAGCGUGGUGCAGCAUGUGCGGCGCGUGGUGUAUCCGAGCAGCGCUGAGGUGACGAUGAUCUUGUACGAUGAUGGGAUUGGCGGGACGCGGGAGGAGACGGAGACGCUGAUCCGGGCUGCGUUUGACGAUGUUGCGCGGCCGUGCGGGCGGGUGUAUGUGCUUGACAUUGACUUUGUUGGCAAUGUGGUUGAGCUGGUGUGCGUUGACGGGAGCGGGGCCCUUGUGCGCCUCAGCAAGGACGACGUCCCCGCAGGGCAGACCAACAGCUUCACCGUGGUGAACCCAAGUGGCGCGUCCUCAUCUGAGGACAAGAACCUGAUUGCGGCCAUUGUCUUGAUCGUGGUUGGACUGAUUCUUGGCAUCAUCCUUGGCUUUAUUAUCGCCGUUCGCUGCGGGCGCCGCCCGAACGACCCCGCGGCCAUCAUGUCACACCUGGAUGAAGUGCAGCGCAAACGCUCGUCCGUGCACAUUGGGCAGCACAUCGACAACCCGAUUGCGCCCCGCUACGACAACAGCGGCAUCCAGCCAUAUGCCAACAGUGGCGUUCAGUCCCACAACAACAAUGGCAUGCAGCCAUAUGACACCAUCCCCGACGCGCGCCCGAACAACGGCGCCUCAAUCUACGCACAGGUUGAAGAUCAACCAACAGCAAAUCCACAGACGUUGCAGCCUGCGUCCAUGUACACCAACCUCGCCCCGCCACCACAGCAGCCCCCAUCGGACACGUACAACGUCGGUGCCAUUGAUCGCGACAAGGCCGAGUCUAUGCUGGCUUCUCAUCCUCACGGAACGUUCCUUGUCAGAACGAAGCCUAACGAGCCGGCACAGUUCAUCAUCACCAUGAAGGUGGAUCAUCGCUUCGUACAUCACAAAGUCGACAUUCUUGCUGACGGCUUCCUGAUCAACGGGCAACGCGGCACUGCACCGCACAACUCCAUGGCCACCAUCGUCGCUCAUCUCCAACAGAACGCCGACCAGAUUCAGAUGCCGCUGGGACAACCGUACCACCCUUGAGCUGCCACUGCUCUGCGCGCGUGUUUGUGAGCGUUUUUGUGCAUGAGAGUGUGUAUGUGUGUGUGUGUGUGCGAGUGUGCAUGUGUGGGUACGUCUCUGUGAGUUUGGGAGUUGUAAUCGUUUACUGUGUCACUUCCUCUUGACAUUUCACGUCCAUUCUGUUCCAUUAUGGUGAGAUUCAACAACAGAGUUGUGUGUUGUGUGUAUGUGUGUUGGUGAUUGUUGUGUUCACGUGCAUGUUUGUUGUGGUUAAUCGUGUGCGCUUCCUCUUUGCAUCGUCGUGCCUCCUCGAUCCUCUUUGCCUGCGCUGCUUGCUGGCUGUUGUUGUUGUUGUUGUUGUUGACACUUUUGUUUUGCCAUUUGAAGGCAAAUAUCCUGUAAAUGACACCCGGGCG